GAUUCCAGUUACUACGACGACAGGUCGGACCACGAGCGGGAGCGGCACCGAGAGAAGAAGAAGAAGAAAAAGAAAAAGUCGGAGAAGGAGAAAGACAAGCACCUUGACGAUGAGGAGAGAAGGAAAAGAAAGGAAGAAAAGAAGAGAAAAAGGGAGAAGGAGCAGUGUGACACUGAGGGAGAAAUGGAUGAUUUUGAUCCUGGGAAAAAAGUAGAAGUUGAGCCUCCUCCAGAUCGCCCAGUCAGAGCAUGCAGGACUCAGCCAGCUGAAAAUGAGAGCACACCAAUCCAACAAUUACUAGAGCAUUUUCUUCGACAACUGCAAAGGAAAGAUCCUCAUGGGUUUUUUGCUUUUCCAGUCACGGAUGCCAUUGCUCCUGGAUAUUCCAUGAUAAUAAAGCAUCCCAUGGAUUUUGGCACUAUGAAGGAAAAAAUUGCGGGAAAUGAAUACAAAUCUGUUACCGAAUUCAAGGCAGAUUUUAAGCUGAUGUGUGAUAAUGCAAUGACGUACAACAGACCAGAUACUGUGUACUACAAGCUAGCAAAGAAGAUACUGCACACAGGCUUUAAGAUGAUGAGCAAAGAACGGCUGUUAGCUUUGAAGCGCAGCAUGUCGUUUAUGCAGGACAUGGAUUUUUCUCAGCAGGCAGCUCUUUUGGGUGAUGAAGACACAGCAGUUGAGGAACCUGUCCCUGAAGUCGUUCCUGUACAAGUAGAGACUACCAAGAAAUCCAAAAAGCCAAGUAAAGAAGUUAUUAGUUGCAUAUUUGAACCAGAAGGAAAUGCAUGCAGUCUGACAGACAGCACAGCUGAAGAACAUGUCCUGGCCUUGGUGGAGCAUGCAGCAGAUGAAGCUCGUGACAGGAUCAACAGAUACCUACCAAAUAGCAAGAUUGGUUAUCUGAAAAAGAAUGGAGAUGGAAGUUUACUGUUCAGUGUAGUCAAUCCAUCAGAUCCAGAAGCAGAAGAGGAAGAGACUCACCCAGUGGAUCUGAGUUCUUUGUCAAGCAAAUUAUUACCUGGCUUUACUACACUAGGCUUUAAAGAUGAACGAAGAAACAAAGUCACGUUUCUUACAAGUGCUAGUACAGCACUUUCGAUGCAGAAUAAUUCUAUUUUUCAUGACCUGAAAUCAGAUGAAAUGGAAUUGCUAUAUUCAGCGUAUGGAGAUGAAACUGGAAUACAGUGUGCUUUAAGCCUGCAGGAAUUUGUGAAAGACUCUGGAAGUUAUAGUAAGAAAAUAGUGGAUGAUCUUUUGGAUCAGAUUACUGGUGGGGAUCAUUCCAAAACCAUUUAUCAACUAAAACAGAGGAGAAACAUUCCAGUUAAACCACCAGAUGACAUUAAAGUUCUACCAGUUCUCAUCAAGGAAGAACAUAAACUGCGCAAUACCUGCCCAGACUCCUCCAAACAGAUCCUGGUUGGGGAAUCAGUUGGAGACCAUAAUACUUCUGUUUUGGACUUUUUAUCUAUGAAGCCAUAUUCAGAUGUGUCCCUUGAUAUUUCCAUGUUAAGUUCAUUGGGGAAAGUGAAGAAGGAGCUUGAUCAUGAUGAUAAUCAUUUACAUUUGGAUGAAACAACGAAGUUGUUGCAGGACCUUCAUGAAGCUCAGACUGACAGAGUGGGAUCCAGGCCUUCAUCUAACCUCAGUUCCCUCUCCAACACCUCUGAAAGAGAUCAGCAUCACCUCGGAAGCCCUUCUCAUCUGAGUGUAGGGGAACAGCAAGAUAUGGUUCAUGACCCCUAUGAAUUUCUUCAGUCUCCAGAACCUGCAAAUGCCACUACGAGUUAAUCUGAUGUGUACAAUAUUUUUUUUUUUUCUUUUGGUGGUUUAACUUUAUAAAAAAGUUUUUGUCAUAUGGCAGAAACCUCGAUUCUGUCCUCUUUUUUUAUGAGGAUUGCUGUAUAAUAAUAUUCUGUGCACUUGUAAAAUUUGCCUACCUUUUAUAUCAUGUUGUCAGCCAUGCACCAUAUUCAGACUUUUUGUUUUGUUUUGUUUUUUAAUGUAGUGGCGUAUGAUGAAUUUGAAAUAGAAAAGAACCACAGAUUAUUUAAGAAAUGUGUUUUAUAAAAACAUGCUUAUCAUUUUUCUAGCAUCAUGCUGGCAGUCAUGAAUUUCUAAUCAGAUGGGUACAGUCCUGUUUAGUUCCAAGGACAAAGAACAUUCUCCAGGAGGAAUAUUUAUUUUUCCAGCAAGACACAACUUCCCAGAUUGUGAUCAUUUUCACAUUGUCUACAUUUUCCUGUGUUGUUAAAAUCUUAUUUCUUAAUACUCUAAAAACUUUUCAUUUGGAAGCAAAAGGACUUUGGUUGCAAUAAUAGACUGUUCAUUACAGGAAUACUGCCCUGCAACUGAAGAAGAACAUUUUUUUUUUGUGGUCCCUUGUAUCUUUUAAUAUUAAGGGGUCCAAAUACCUAGACUUUUUAACAUAACGUAUAUUUACAUGAGUGAAAGUAUACUGGACAAGCAAGUGUACUUUAAUUUAAAAAUGAAGUUUUUGUAAUUCAACACUGACAUGACAGAGUUUUUUACCAUUGAUAUUAUGUGUAAGCUGGAUGAAUGUUAUGUAUUUGCAAUAUUUUGUAAAUAUUAACUUAAUAAAAAUCAUACAAAAAUAUUCUUUUUUUUUA